CGUAACCUGAAAGAAAUCCGGUGGAACUCGGAAGAGAGGUGACUCUUGUAUUCUAAAUCAAAAGAUCAAAAUGAAAUCAAAGAUCUAGAACCCUGGCUGCCAUGGAGUCCGAGGGUAACGUGCUCCGCGUGGACUUCCCAAACUUCUCCGGAUCCCUGCUUCAGAAGCUCAAUCAGCAACGGCAGAGGGGCCAGCUUUGUGACAUCAUCGUGGUCAUCCAGGGCCACCAGUACCGCGCUCACCGGGCCGUACUGGCCGCCAGUUCGCCCUACUUCUGCGACCAGGUCCUCCUCAAAAACAGCGCCCGUUGUGUUUUACCCGACGUCAUGCACCCAUGUGUGUUCGAACGCCUCCUCCUCUCUUGCUACACAGGCACCCUGCACCUACCGGCCGGCGAAGUGGUAGCCUUCCUCACUGCAGCAAGCUUCCUCCAGAUGUGGCACGUGGUGGACAAGUGCACUGAGCUGUUAGAGGUGGUAGGAAGCAGAGCAAGAACAUUAGUGCACAAGUCUUCUGGUGGGCUUGGGGACAGGCCUUCCCCUGGGGACAGCAGCUACCACAGCCCUGGGGAUGGCUCCAUGGGCCUGGAGGCCGGCGGAGUAGCAGUGGAGGGCUUUGCCAAGAUGGAAAUGGAUCAGCUCCUGGAGAACAGCUUCUCCCCAUCCUCUCUGGAGAACAACAGCACCCAGGCCGGCGGCAGCUGCUCUCCGCCGGUCGACCACGACGGCUCAGGUAGCGAGGCCACCAGCCAGGACGGGGAUGACGAGGAGGUUGGUGAGGGGGACUACCAGUACUCCAGACCAGCGUACGUCCCACCCAGCAUCAUGGGCCACAGGAAAUGGGUCCAUGUGAAGUCAGAGAGGCGUGAAGAUUGCGGGGGCGGCGGGGCUCUGUUUAGCGGGGACCCUGCGGUUACUGACCCCGAGCAGAUGAACUUUAACCUCUCCCAAGCCUCGGCCAGCAAGAGCUCCCUGGGCCACAGCAUCGACGAGAAGCUGGCAGCUCAGCUGGAGGAUCGCCUGGAGGAGGACCCGCUGGACUUUUAUGGCACAUCCAUGGAGGGCUUCUCCGCCGACAAGGUCGAAGGGACCCCGCUUGGGCUGAAAAACGACCUGCUAGGAGGUGCAACCGGGGGUGAGGAGAGUGGUGGUGGUUUGGAAGGAAACCCCAGUGGCCUCCAGGAAGAGACUUCCCACUCGGGCUUUGCCUCAGUGGUCUACAAAUUGUACCCCUGCCAGUGUGGCAAGAGCUUCACCCACAAGAGCCAACGGGACCGGCACAUGAGCAUGCACCUUGGCUUGCGGCCAUACGGCUGCGCCGUGUGCGGUAAGAGCUUCAAGAUGAAGCACCACCUGGUGGGCCACAUGAAGAUUCACACGGGUGUAAAGCCCUAUGAGUGCAGCCUGUGUGCCAAGCGCUUCAUGUGGCGGGACAGCUUCAACAGACACACGUCCUCCUGCACCAGGGCCCACCAGGCCCGGACUGCCGUCAACGAGCAGGCUGCCCAGAUCUGCUGACCCCAGAUCAGAUUUCCAACUACAGUUCACCUCGUCAUCUCCCACAGUCCCUUAUCAGUUUCACUGAGCAGGCUUCCCAGAUUUGCUGAUCCUGGAUCAGAUUAACACACAAGCUUGGAUGACCACCCUCCAAUCAGUUAAGGUGGAUUUAGGGUUAAUCCACCCCUUUUGAUUUGAACAAAACCUUCCAUACAUAUUUGCCCAUUGUAGAGGUGCUCAGAAACAGCUUUUUCUUUUACCUGAAUGCCAACAUAUUCAAAAGAUUAAGGUGCUCAAAGUUGACCCAUUCUUCAUACCUAACCAUUCCAUAAGACAUCCAUGUCUUCAUCACUGGAAAAGAUAAACGGAUUAGACUUAUAUCAUUUGAAAAGCUUGCAAACAGGGUUUCAAACUAUUUGAUAUAUUUUGCCAUCGGUUGAGACACAACAUGCUCUUGAAUACAGGGUGGGUAUAAUGGUUUGGCUAAUAAAUGUAGUAAAAUGGGAAUAACAUUUACAUUUCAAGUGGAACCACAAAGAUGGUUGGAGGUCCAGACAUCAGAGAAUGUUGACUUGUAUGGGAAUAUCUGUUGUUUUAAAUUAUACUGUCAAUCCUCCAUAGGAAACCUAAUGAAAUCAUAGGAAUUUACAUUGACGAUUUAAGUUUACAUUUAAUGGUGGGUUGACCGGCGGUCACCUUUGUGGUAGACUGGUAGUAGUUAAAGUUAACAUUUUAUUCAAUGAUCAUUUCAGUGGUGUAUCUGGAGGUUAUUCAGUAGUGAGUUGCCAAGUUAAAUAUGUUUUAUGUUUUAAACCCAGCUAAAUUGCAGUGGUCUGUAGGGAUAGGUCUAUUAUAUUUCUAUGAUUGAAAUGAUACCCACCUUGUAUUCUAGAGCAAGUUGUGUCUCAACUGUUGGGGGGCAAAACACAAAAACCUCAGAUGAUGUGAAAUAGGGCCGAAGCUACAUAUGCAAAUAUGAAUUUUAAAAAAAUCAGAGUUUACACAUUUUUAGACAAUUGAAGUUAAAGGUUUAAAACACGUACCAACAAACGAGUGUGAUCCUUCUACAGUUGUCACUGCAGUGUACCCUCAAACCAGUGUGAUUAGAACACUUAUUUAGAACGUCCAGUUUCGAUUGACACAACAGUCAGUGUUUGAUCUGGCCACACUGCUUUUUCACAGAAACAUUUAGCACAAACACAGUCCUUACAGUGCUAUGUCCUGAAUGUGACCAGUUUAUUUUUGGAUGCAAUGUUCAGACAUUGACAGAAGUGGUGACAGCAUAACACAAUUAUCCAAACCGUCAAAUGUAGGCUACAUUAGUCCUAGCGCUAACUGAGGAAAGAUUGAGGCCUGUUCUGACUACAGAUGCACAAAUGUCUGCAUACUUGAUCUGCGGAAACACUGGGGAAGUGCUUGGCUUGGGCUCUCCUCGAAGUGAGAAGUUUGUCCGGUUCAGUAAAGUCUCAAACAUAAAUUGUCCACAACAGUGAAAUGUGCUACUUCUAUGUGAAUUAAUGAGGAGGUGGAACACAUCUGAAUUCAAACUGUUGUUAGGAAAUAAAACUUGUUAGAGAAUAAUUUUACGUUGACUAGUUGAAACAUAGCCGAUAGAUAGUUAGCAGGCUGCGAGGGUUAACUGUCCUCUUACUGAACGAUCACAUUUAGGAACAGUGAGUGCAUUCAUUGGGGGUGGCAGGUAGUCUAGUGGCUAGAGCGUUAGACUAGUAACCGAAAGGUUGCAAGAUCUAAUCUCCGA